GCACGGCGUCGCCCGAAGCAGACCGCGCGCAUGCGCCGAGUCGGGAAAAAUCCUUCGAUGAGAAACUGAAAACGAGACUUGGGCUGCUGCGCUGGACCGGCGCAGCUUCUCGAGGGUGUCGGGGUUUGCAGGGAGCUCGUUCGCGAAAAAAGUGGCCCGGAAAAAAACGAGAAAGUCCUGUUUUCCUCGAGACAGUCGCAGGGCACCCGUCUGCUGGAGCAGACCUUCUCGGGUGUACGUACACCCCACGAGAACGCGGCGACAGAAAGAGUCUUCUCGGCACGGGUCGCGUCGGCAACUCCAGUUUCGUGUGUUUUCUUGUCACUACCAACUCAAGCGCCUCUGGAAAAGAGGAGAACAGUCCCUCGGGUUUGCGAGCUUCUUCCUCAACCUCUUCUUCGCCGCGGAUCCCUCCUGCGCGCUGGCAGUCGUGUCUUUUUCCUUUUUCUGCGUUCCUCAAACGGCGCAGCAGUUGACUCCGACACUGCCUCCUCUCUCUUCCUCGCCGCGUCCGCUGCUUUGUCUAUCUUUUUGCCGCCGUCGGUUUCUCCCAGCUUCGGCGGAAAGAAGCUCCUCGCGAGGAAGUCGAGUCUCGCUCUCCGCCUCCGCCUCGUUUGCUUCGCUGGACUGGCGACCGCCUUCCGGUCGAUUCGCACGGCCGGUUGCCCGUUCUCGAAACAACGCCGGGGCUUCGCCGAGGGCCAGCCCCCAAGGCUCCCCGUCUGACAGGAGAGAGGACAAAUCAGGAAGAACAAGACAUAACGGCCAGAGAAGCAAACACUGUGGGAGUGAAAGGCCGUUCACGCUGUCGCAGGGGUGACGCAUGCACCUCUCAAAAAAAAACGCUGCGACCCUGUCGUUUUCUUUGUUUCCCCUCGUGUUCCCUGGGUCGCCUUCCUCUGCGCUUCUUCUCAACGCACCGCGCUCCCUGCUGCCAGCGUCUCGGCCUCCACAGUAAGAAAGUCUGAGGAGGAAGAAAGCACAGAAAAAAACGGGAGGGAACAACGGCGGAGAAACGCCACAAGCGCGGACAUGUGCAGCUUGGCGCAACAUGCGUCGCGAUGCAGGUUUCCUUCCUCAGAUCAAGAAAGAAUCCACCCGCGUUCUACGCUUUAUUGUUCUCGGAAGCAGUGCCACACGAGACGUCGUUCACGUCCCCGCAUAGAGGCUUAUAUAUAUAUAUAUAUAUAUAUAUAUAUAUAUAUAUAUAUAUAUAUAGGCGCGUGUCGGCCUGCAGAGUACAUACGUAUAUAUAUAUAUAUACAUGUAUAUAUAUCUAUGCAUAUGUAUAUAUAUGUAUAUAUAUUUAUACAUGUAUUCGUGUGUAUGUGUCUAGUUGGAGACGUGUGAAGAAAUCGGCACUUUAAGGUGGUUGUGAGAAACAUGGAUGUUAUUUCCUGUGCGAAAUCUCUCUUGCAUCUCUCUCUGAUUCUCAGAUGUCGGGCGGUCCAGGCUUUUACCGAGGCACCAACCGUGACCAGACUCCGUUCUUCAAAGACAAAGACAAGAAGCUCAUCGAGUCUAGAAAAUGGCCGGCGAUCUUCGAGGAGCGCGUGGACAUGUCCAGAGUCAACACGGAUGUCAUGAAGGCAUGGGUGUCGAGCAAACUCACUGCUCUCUUAGGAUUCGAAGACGAUAUUGUCAGCUCGUACUGCAUGACUCAGCUGUAUCCCGAAGAGGCUUUGUCUCAUGAUGCCGACGCUCGCCAAAACUAUCUGUGCCCGAAGCAGCUCGUCAUUUCAAUGACAGGCUUCAUUGGCAAGAAUGCGCUUCAGUUCGUCAAGGAGCUCUGGGAGCUUCUCCUCGCGGCGCAGAAAGAGAAGAACGGGAUUCCGCCGGCCUUUCUGGAGAACAAGAAGUUGGAAAUGGAGAGGAAACGAGAAGAGGCUGCGAAGAUCAACGAAGAGUUGAUUCGGAGACACGAGCAAAUGAUGAAGGACGAAUUCAAUCGCCAGGUUAAAGACAUCGCCACUGGACACGCGCAAUCCCAGCCCCCUACAGUUCUUGCCGCAGCUGCGGCGAGCGCCGACUCUGCUGGCUUUUCGAGCGCGGGAGGCCGCAUGCGAGGUUGGGACGCUGCCGGCGGAGUCGAGCCGGUCAUUACGGUCCCUCAAGGCUUCCACGACGCGGAGGACAACGACGAGCCUGUGCGGCGCCGUGCCCCUUCCUCGUCGAGAAGUGGAAGCGAGGCCUCGGAGUACGGCCGGCGCCGCGGGCACAGAGACCGUCGCUUCAGGGAGCACCGAAGGCGAGACCGAAGCUCGAGUCGGAGCCGGAGUCGGUCACCUUCGAGUCCAGGGGACCGCGAACGCAGCCGAAGCAGAGGGCGCGACCGUGAUCGCGAGAGGAGAAGCAGACGCUCUCGAUCUAGGGAACGACGAUAGAGAGGAGCUGGAGAAAGGGAAGCUGCGCGAGGCAUCCCUCUUUGACGGGCAGGCGAAGACGUUUGAGAAAGAAAAAUGGGGUGUUGUGGUAUGCUAGGUGUUUGGAGGCAGCGGCAGCCCAGCGGUCGAGAAACAUGUGGAAGGGUUUCCCUCCGUUCGUGGGAAAAGGAGUUCGAACACAUGGAACUUAGGGAAAAAUUGUCGAAUGGGGAGCAGUAUGCCUCCUGCGCGGAUGCGCUUGGUCAAUGAACACUUUGUAUUUCUGGCGUAUCUUUGCAUGUCAUUUGCUAGACGAAUUCGUGGUUCAUGCGCCCUUGUGAGUGGAACGCUUGGUCUUUGAAGGCAUUUCAUCUGAUAUCCUCUGAGCUGAAAACUGAGAACGAUGCGCAAGAUUGGGAUGAUCAACGCAACAGUCACGAGAAGACAGAAGGGUACAAACUGUCAGGCAGAAUUCAGCAAGGUUCUCGUAGUUGUUCUUUUAUAUCGACACUCCCACUCGUGGAAACGACACAACUAGCUUUGUCUAGACGUCCAAGCGGACCCAACAAUCGAAAACGGGUGGCACAAGUUUCUUGGCGGUGCCAUCUUCUUUUUGUAGAUGUGACUUUACAGUGAGAAUGACAACUCAGGCGCACUUCCGGCAUUCCGUUUUGCCGGAGGCCCGGGCACCAGCAUUAAUGCGUGCAGUAAAACC